GGGAGUUAAGUUUCCAAAAGCUAUAUUUUUAGUGCAAUAGACAUUUGAAAAUUGCAACGAAUUUGCGAUGGUAUAUUCCCAGAGAAGAGGUGCGGGAUCCCGGCGCCUGCUGCUCUCGCUUCUGCUCCUCGCAGCCUGGGAGGCGGGCAGUGGCCAGGUGCACUAGUCGGUCCCUGAGGAGGCCAAACAAGGCACCUUCGUGGGCCCCAUCGCCCAGGACUUGGGGCUGGAGCUGGCGGAGCUGGUGCCGCGUCUGUUCCGGGUGGCAUCCAAAGGCCGUAGGGACCUUCUGGAGGUAACUCUGCAGAAUGGUAUUUUGUUUGUGAAUUCUCGGAUCGACCGGGAAGAGCUGUGCGGGCGGAGCGCGGAGUGCAGCAUCCACCUGGAGGUGAUCGUGGACCGGCCGCUGCAGGUGUUCCAUGUGGAGGUGGAGGUGAAGGACAUUAAUGACAACCCCCCAAGGUUCUUGCGACAAAAAUAAACACUAUUUUAGAAUCAAGAAUAGCGGAUUCGGGCUUC